GCAUUUUCAGCCGCAGGAAGUCGUCGGUCGAACCAUGAACGUUCAUCGCGUGGCAGCCCGAGCGCUCUCGACCGUCCCCACCAUGCGACCGCUCUGGAUGCUGCGUUACACCUAUGUGGAUGGUAUGCUGCACAAGCGCGACCCGUUCCGCAAGGCCCACCUCGAGCACAUUGGCAAGUGGACCGCCAACACGGGCUUCCAGCCCAAGCUGCUCAUGGCUGGCGCGUUUGCCGAUCCGGUCGAUGGCGCGGCGUUCAUCUUUGAAGCCGAGUCGCCGGCGAUCGUCGAGGACUUUGCCAAGAAGGACCCGUACGUGGCCAACGACCUCGUCACGUCGUUUGAUGUGCGUCAGUACAACGUCGUCGAGUUCAAGAAGGCGCCGUAAGUAAGAAGCAUCUGUGUCAAUAUCCACAUCAUCAUUCUUUUGUCUCCUA